UCUGGACUGACCAAUGAGAAUGCGCGCGGUCAAUGCUGCUCAUUUGCAUAGAGCAGCUAUAAAUACGUGGCGCACAGCCGUGCUCCUCACUUCGCCUCUGUGUUUAUCUCCGAGCACUUCCGUGGUUUCGGGAGUCAAACCAUUGCUGCCAUGCCUGAGCCGGCCAAGUCCGCCCCCGCGCCCAAGAAGGGCUCUAAGAAGGCGGUGACCAAGACGCAGAAAAAAGGCGACAAGAAGCGCAAGAAGAGCCGCAAGGAGAGCUACUCCAUCUACGUGUACAAGGUGCUGAAGCAGGUGCACCCCGACACGGGCAUCUCGUCCAAGGCCAUGGGCAUCAUGAACUCCUUCGUCAACGACAUCUUCGAGCGCAUCGCCGGCGAGGCGUCGCGCCUGGCGCACUACAACAAGCGCUCCACCAUCACGUCGCGGGAGAUCCAGACGGCCGUGCGGCUGCUGCUGCCCGGCGAGCUGGCCAAGCACGCCGUGUCCGAGGGCACCAAGGCUGUCACCAAGUACACCAGCUCCAAGUAAACGCCUGCUCAAAAUACCCUUUAACCCAAAGGCUCUUUUAAGAGCCAGCCACUUUUUCAAUAAAAGAGCUGUGCCGUCAAAUUCCCAAAACUGGGCAGGGUCGAGCGGCAUCACAGACACUUCACAAGGAGGUAAAGUCCAAGAAGCAGCAAGCUUAGAUCUACUACAAGAUUUCC